UCUAAUGGACCUGCCAGAGCGCCACCUAGUAGUAGUACGUGUGUAACCACACUAGCCCAUCUCUGCAAUACAGCAAGUCAAAAUCAACCCGGCUGAAACAUGAGCUUCACUGUCGAAGAGAGAGGAAACCCAAACACAUUAAGCUAUCGUUUGUUUUUCAAAAAUGCUGAAGGAAAGUACAUCUCCCCAUUCCAUGAUAUAUCAAUGUAUGCUGACGAGAGCCAGCAUAUCUUCCACGUGGUUGUUGAAGUACCAAGAUGGACAAAUGCAAAGAUGGAGAUAGCAACAAAAGACCCUCUUAAUCCCAUCAAGCAGGACGUAAAGAAGGGUAACUUGCGAUAUGUUGCCAACGUCUUUCCACACAAAGGUUACAUCUGGAACUAUGGAGCAAUACCCCAAACCUGGGAAGACCCUGGACACAAAGACGGGGACACUGGAUGCUGUGGUGACAAUGAUCCUAUUGAUGUUUGUGAAAUUGGUACCAAGGUAUGCUCGCGUGGGGAGGUUAUCAAAGUAAAGGUACUCGGUAUUUUGGCGAUGAUUGAUGAAGGGGAGACUGAUUGGAAAGUCAUUGCAAUUAAUGUGGAGGAUCCUGAAGCCAAGGACAUGAAUAAUAUUAGUGAUGUGCAGCGACUGAAGCCAGGCUACCUGGAUGCCACUGUUGACUGGUUCAGGAGGUACAAAGUCCCAGAUGGGAAACCAGAAAACAAAUUUGCCUUCAAUGGCGAGUUCAAAGACAAGGAUUUUGCUAUUGAAACAAUCAAGAGCACCAAUGGCUUUUGGAAGGCCCUCAUCUCCCAACAAACCAAGGCUGGGGAACUGAACUGUAAAAACACAUGCGUGUCGACCAGCGACAGUCCGUUCUGCUGCUCAGGGGACGAGGCAAAGGCUGUUGUUGAUGGGACAUGCCCUUGUGGAACAAAAGAUCCUAUGCCUUCUUCAGUUGAUAAAUGGUUCUACUAUGAGAAGUGAAAUCUUCACAAGAUGAACCAACGAAAGCAUACUUGAAGAGACAUGCACUUGAAGCGACCACAGACUAGAGAUUCUGAGUAGGUUCUGUAGAAAGAAAAGCAAAACUACUAAAUCAUGUCAAAUUUGUUUUUCACUGUUAUUUAACAUGGAUCUUUAAAACAUGUAGAUUUCAGGCAUUGGCCUGCCUAGCUACUUCUGUACUGUAUAGGGUAAUCUAAAUUGCUUUAAUUAAUAAAGCCUCCGUUUAAGUAGUCA